CGAUUGGUACUUCCUUUCUGUGUUCUGUCAAAUCCACGCACGUUGUGGAUUGAUCGAUUUAGCCCAAAUUUCGCAAUUUGGGCGAAUUUUUGAGCAGUUUAAGUGUCUCAAAGGUGAAAAAUGAGUUCCCUGAAGCUUCAGAAGCGGCUUGCCGCUUCCGUGAUGCGAUGCGGUCGCAAAAAAGUGUGGUUAGACCCGAACGAAAUCAACGAGAUCGCCAACACAAAUUCUCGCCAGAACAUCCGUAAAUUGAUCAAAGACGGCCUCAUCAUCAAGAAACCGGUGGCGGUGCACUCCAGAGCCCGAGUCCGCAAGAAUACGGAGGCCCGCAGGAAGGGACGCCACUGCGGCUUCGGUAAGAGGAAAGGUACGGCCAAUGCGCGUAUGCCCCAGAAGGAGCUGUGGAUACAGAGGAUGCGGGUCUUGAGGAGACUCCUCAAGAAGUAUCGUGAGGCUAAGAAAAUCGACAGGCAUCUUUACCACUCGCUGUAUAUGAAGGCCAAGGGCAACGUCUUCAAGAACAAGAGGGUCCUUAUGGAGUACAUCCACAAGAAGAAGGCCGAGAAGGCGCGUGCCAAGAUGUUGAAUGAUCAAGCCGAUGCCAGGAGGUUGAAGGUGAAAGAGGCCAGGAAACGGCGUGAAGAAAGAAUCGCCGCCAAGAAACAAGAGGUGUUGCAGAAUUACCAGAGGGAGGAUGAGGCUGCCGCCGCGGUUAAAAAAUAAAUUUCUUAUUUUUUGACUUUUUCUUUCUUAUUGUGUAAUAAAAAUAUUGAUACAACAAA